UAACAUCACCUCCUUCUAUUGGCCCUCCUUCGCGUAACGUGUCAUAAACAGUGAAAUGCGGAUGGUGAUUAAAAAAAUCCUGUUAUUUAUUCUAAAUAAACAUAUAAUGAACACUUAACAUCUUGGAAGUGUUUUCGUUUUGAAGAGGCAAAGAGAAAAUGGAGAAUAUUCAAAAUCUUCCAAUCGACAUACAGACCAGCAAGCUUUUGGACUGGCUGCUGGAUCGACGUCACUGUAAUCUGAAAUGGCAGAGUGCAGUAAAGUCCAUCAGAGAGAAGAUCAAUGCUGCCAUCCAGGACAUGCCGGAGAAUGAGGAGAUCAAGCAGCUUCUGUCCGGCUCCUACAUUCACUACUUUCACUGCUUGAGAAUAGUGGAGAUACUGAGGGGAACUGAGGCUUCCUCCAAGAACAUCUUUGGCAGAUAUUCAUCUCAGAGGAUGAAGGAUUGGCAAGAGAUUGUCUCACUUUAUGAGGCAGAUAAUAUCUAUUUGGCGGAGGUGGCCAGCUUGCUGAGUCGCAAUGUGAGCUAUGAAGGCCCGGCUCUGAGGAAGCAACUGGCCAAAGCCCAGCAGCUUCAGCAGGAGCUGAGCAGACGGGAAGUGGAGUGCCAGAGCUCAGCCGCAGACCUGAGGGAACGCUACUAUGCUGCCUGCAAACAGUAUGGCAUCACAGGAGAAAAUGUGGCUCGUGAGCUUCAGGCUCUGGUCAAAGACUUACCAGCAGUUCUUGAGGAAGUCGGGAAAGAUGCAGCAAAGUUAGAGGAGCAAAUCCAACUUUAUACUGCUUUCACAAACUUUGUAUGUGAGUGGUCUGAGCCAGUCCUGCCCAUGCUGACAUUUGCCCAGAAGAGAGGGAACACAACAUUUUAUGAGUGGAGAACGGGGAAAGUCCCCACAAUUAUUGAGAGGCCACUUGUGGAGGAAGCACCUCCUGAUACAGUCACAGAGGAUACGAUUGACUGGGGUGAAUUUGGUAAAGGUACAGAUACUAAUUCUGGCAUCACAGCUGAGGAUGGAAUAAACUGGGGUAUCAGCCUGGAGCCGAGCUGUGAGGACACUGGUGCAGGUGGUAUUGACUGGGGUGACAGUGAAGCAGCUCCCGUAGAAAUUGAAAUCGUAGAUGCGGGCACAGACUGUCCUGAGGGUGUGGCGAGGGGUGAGGAUGCUUUAACUAUACUGGAGAACUCUCAGUCACGCAGCCAGUUCAUCGAUGAGCUAAUGGAGCUGGAAGUGUUCCUAACCCAGCGCAUUAGUGAGAUGGGAGAGGAGGGAGAUGUGGUAGCUAUGAGCCAGUUCCAGCUGGCCCCCUCCGUCAUCCAAGGCCAGUCCCGUGAACAUAUCCGGGAGAUGCUGUCAGAGGUGCAAGACCUCGUGGGCCGGCUCACCUCUCUCCGGAUGCAGCACCUGUUUAUGAUCCAGGCCUCACCACGGUAUGUUGAACGUGUGUCAGAGGUGCUGAGACAGAAGCUGAAGCAGGCAGAGAUUCUGGUACUAAAGGGUGCCACAAUGGCUGAGAAAAGGCAGGAAGCCCUAGAGGAGCAGUCCAGACUGGAGCCUCGUGUUGACCUGCUGGCAGGAUGCACCCGCGAACUCCAGAAACUGAUUGAAGCUGACAUUUCAAAGAAAUACAACAAAAGGCCCGUCAACCUAAUGGGGGUUAAUAUAUAGUGAACUUCACAGAAGACAUUCACUGAAAAUAUUUUCAGAAUAAAAGUUGUAUUUAAUUUUA